UCUCCUGCUGUCUAGCCGGUCUGGGUCUCGGGCUUCUCAGAGCGGUCUGGGUCUCAACGGCCUCACUCGGACGCCUCCGCGCGCUCUCCCCCCGCGGCCCCCACCCGCAGCUAGCCGCCUCCGACCUGGGCUCGGGGUCGCGCGCCCUGACUCCGCCCCCCCCACUCAGCGGACUCGCGCACUCCCGGCCCGGCCUCUACCCCGCGCAGGCCGCGGAAAGCCUGGCCGCCUCCCCCUCCUUCUCCGGUCGCUGCGAGCUCCCCGGGCGCUCUCGCUCUCGCGCUCUCCGAGGCGAGCGCGCUCCCGGCCCGCGCGCUCCGGGCUCCGGCUUCUCCCGGCUCCUGUCAGUGCGGUGACUGCGCUGGGAAACAUGGCGACCGAGGGAAUGAUCCUCACUAACCACGACCAUCAAAUCCGUGUCGGAGUCCUCACAGUGAGUGAUAGUUGCUUCAGGAAUCUUGCAGAAGAUCGCAGUGGGAUAAAUCUCAAAGAUCUCGUACAAGAUCCUUCUUUGUUGGGUGGGACUAUAUCAGCAUACAAGAUAGUACCAGAUGAAAUAGAAGAAAUCAAGGAAACCCUGAUAGAUUGGUGCGAUGAAAAGGAACUUAACUUGAUAUUAACAACUGGAGGAACAGGGUUUGCACCACGAGAUGUCACUCCAGAGAAAUUCCCAACAUUCCCAUUUUGUGGGCUCCAGAAAGGGGCCACAAAAGAAGUAAUAGAACGGGAAGCGCCAGGGAUGGCCCUGGCAAUGCUGAUGGGAUCACUUAAUGUUACACCUCUGGGCAUGCUCUCUAGGCCUGUAUGUGGAAUCAGAGGGAAAACUCUCAUAAUUAACCUGCCAGGUAGCAAGAAAGGAUCUCAGGAAUGCUUUCAGUUUAUACUGCCAGCUCUACCUCAUGCCAUUGACCUUUUACGUGAUGCCAUUGUAAAAGUAAAGGAAGUGCAUGAUGAACUUGAAGAUUUACCUUCCCCACCACCUCCUCUUUCCCCUCCUCCUACAACUAGCCCCCAUAAACAGACAGAAGACAAAGGGGUUCAAUGUGAGGAAGAGGAAGAAGAGAAGAAAGACAGUGGUGUUGCUUCAACAGAAGACAGUUCUUCAUCACAUAUAACCGCAGCAGCCAUUGCUGCCAAGAUUCCAGACUCCAUCAUUUCUCGUGGCGUUCAGGUGCUCCCACGAGACACAGCCUCCCUCAGCACUACUCCUUCAGAAUCGCCUCGUGCUCAGGCUACAUCUCGCCUUUCUACAGCUUCCUGCCCAACACCAAAACAAAUUAGACGGCCGGAUGAAAGCAAAGGAGUUGCUAGUAGAGUUGGAUCCCUCAAACUCCACUCUAGAUUGGAAGGGCUUAAAGAUGAACUCUGGAGGAAUAGAGGCUACGACUUAAGAGUCCAGUCCAGGUGCAGCAGCAAGGAGAACAUUCUCAGAGCCAGUCACAGUGCUGUUGAUAUCACCAAGGUGGCUAGAAGACACCGCAUGUCUCCUUUUCCUCUAACGUCUAUGGACAAAGCUUUCAUCACAGUCCUGGAGAUGACUCCGGUGCUUGGGACAGAAAUCAUCAACUACCGAGAUGGAAUGGGGAGAGUCCUUGCUCAAGAUGUAUAUGCAAAAGACAACCUACCCCCCUUUCCAGCAUCAGUAAAAGAUGGCUAUGCUGUCCGAGCUGCUGAUGGUCCAGGAGAUCGUUUCAUCAUUGGGGAAUCCCAAGCUGGUGAGCAGCCGACUCAGACAGUAAUGCCAGGACAAGUCAUGCGGGUUACAACAGGUGCUCCAAUCCCCUGCGGUGCUGAUGCAGUAGUACAAGUAGAAGAUACCGAACUAAUCAGGGAGUCUGAUGAUGGCACUGAGGAACUUGAAGUGCGAAUUCUGGUGCAAGCUCGACCAGGCCAAGAUAUCAGACCCAUCGGCCAUGACAUUAAAAGAGGGGAAUGCGUUUUGGCCAAAGGAACCCAUAUGGGCCCCUCAGAGAUUGGUCUUCUGGCAACUGUAGGUGUCACAGAGGUUGAAGUUAAUAAGUUUCCAGUUGUUGCAGUCAUGUCGACAGGGAAUGAGCUGCUAAAUCCCGAAGAUGACCUCUUACCAGGAAAGAUUCGAGACAGCAAUCGUUCAACCCUCUUAGCAACAAUUCAGGAACAUGGUUAUCCCACAAUCAACUUGGGAAUUGUGGGAGACAACCCAGAUGACUUACUCAAUGCCUUGAAUGAGGGUAUCAGUCGUGCUGAUGUCAUCAUUACAUCAGGGGGUGUGUCCAUGGGGGAAAAGGACUAUCUCAAGCAGGUGCUGGACAUUGAUCUUCAUGCUCAGAUCCAUUUUGGCAGGGUUUUUAUGAAACCCGGACUGCCAACAACAUUUGCGACUUUGGAUAUUGAUGGUGUAAGAAAAAUAAUCUUUGCACUACCAGGGAAUCCUGUGUCAGCCGUGGUCACCUGCAAUCUCUUUGUUGUGCCUGCACUGAGAAAGAUGCAGGGCAUCUUGGAUCCUCGGCCAACCAUCAUCAAAGCCAGGUUAUCAUGUGAUGUAAAACUGGAUCCUCGCCCAGAAUACCAUCGGUGUAUAUUGACUUGGCAUCACCAAGAACCACUGCCUUGGGCACAGAGUACAGGUAAUCAGAUGAGCAGCCGUCUGAUGAGCAUGCGCAGUGCGAACGGGUUGUUGAUGCUACCUCCAAAGACAGAGCAGUAUGUGGAGCUCCACAAGGGCGAGGUGGUGGACGUCAUGGUCAUUGGACGGCUAUGAUGGUCACCAGAGCGAGAAAGCUUUGAUGCAUGUCCACAUAUCAUUGACUGUAUCCUGUAAUAUGCAACGGCACAGCUAGGUUUUCUGAUCUGGAUAAAAGUUGAUCUGUAUAGUCAACAUCUUGAACUAUAUUUCAAAAGAAUUUAAAUACACCUUUUAAAGAAAAAAACACCUAAAAAUAAAUCUUAACAGACAACUCUAUUCUGAUUAUAUCAAAGCAAAUUUUUCCUUUCUUGCAAAUUGCUUUGUGUGUUCAAUGCUAGGUCUGAUAGCGAUAGCUUUUAGUAGACAGCAGUAGGUGCCUGCAGAACUUGUGUUUUUCUCAUCUUUAAAAUACAACUAAUUAUGCUCUUAAUCAAGGCUGUCUGCUUAUUUAUACUAGCGUAGGCAACACUUGGAUUUCCCUUCUUAGUAUGCUUCAUAACCGCUUUUCAGAGAGCUUUUGCUUGUUCUUUAUCAUGUAUCUCGUGUUUAUGUGCACAGUGCCAACUGAAGAGUGACUGGGUGGGGAGGCCCUGCCCUGCCUCAGGGAGAACCCUCCCCCGCAGAGCAUCCGGGAGGCCCCUCCCCAGUAGCCUCGAGGCACAGUACUCUUCGGCAGUAACUGGAUACCUUUUAUUUGAAUAAACAAACUGGGGGGAAAAAUGCUUCCUUAAGUGCUGACAGCCUUUUUAACCAAUACAUUUAAAAUUGUACAGAACAAAAAAUAAAAUCAAAGACUGAUCUUGUACAGAUAUUAGUGUUACCAGCAUUCAUGUGGAAAUCAAGAGCAAAGAAAAAAUGUUAAACAACUCUGUACCAUAACAUUUUCUGUAAUGAUACUGAAACUUAAUGAAUAAAAAAAAAAAUCCUUGAUCAUUAUU